UGAUCUCGAGCUCUGAGCGACUGUUUCGUCAAUUUUCGCUGCUCUUGUGCAAACGAAUCUGACGGUGCUGUGAUUGACUGUGUGGUUUAAAGUAUAUUUAACGUUGAUGAGCAAAUGAAAUUCCAAAAUUAAAGCUACUCUUUAACAGGCUAUACCUGCUGUAAAAAUAUACCAUAGUGCUUAAUUACCUUAUCAAAUUUAACUAUGAAUGAACGAUUGAUGUGUUUAGUCGUUGGUUUACUUUCCAUCCAAGUGAUAUGUGGCUUAAGAAAUUGGAAUAGACACCGUUAUGAGGAUAGAACGGCUCCAACGCUACCGGAAGAUUAUGUGUCGAACGAGUAUGAAUUAGAGGAGGAGCGGUUCGUCAACUUCGUCACUGUGCGCCCGGAAUACUUCGAGAUAAAUCGUGCUCGACCAAUUAUCGACUGGAUUACGGGUGUCAUCGGUGCUCCUGUUUUUGCAAGUGAUUCCUCGGGACCGUCACAAAAUUGCACUCCAUGCAAGUGUGGUUCGGUGGAACCAAUAAACGAACGAAUAGUGGGUGGCAUACCUGUGGAGGACAAUAGCUUCUCUUGGAUGGCUGCCCUGUACUACGACAAUAAGUUUUGUUGCGGUGGCUCCUUGCUUUCGGAUCGAUACGUCAUAACGGCAGCCCAUUGUACAACCAAACCAGAUCGGGGACUGUUUCGCGUGCAGUUUGGCAUAAACGAUCGAAGCAAACCGAUCGCCACAUCCAUCGAGCGAAGCGUGAAGCGAAUCCUGACAAACUGGUACAAUGCCUUCAACAAUAACAACGAUAUAGCGCUGCUCGAGCUCACAUACCCGGUGGCGAUCAGCGAUCGUGUGAUGCCUAUUUGCCUGCCACAGGCCACAGAAAUGUAUGAGGGAAGUCGGGGCAUAGUUACUGGAUGGGGUAGGACGAAAGCGGGUGGUGGACUAUCGGGGACAUUGAUGCAAACCGAAGUUCCAAUCUUAACCAACCGUGAGUGUCGCCGUGCUGGGUAUUGGGCGUUUCAGAUUACGAACAAGAUGCUCUGCGCCGGAUAUCUAGAGGGAGGCAAAGAUUCCUGUCAGGGUGACAGUGGAGGACCACUGCAGGUACUGAACACUAAAUCAAAUCAUUAUGAGCUAGUCGGAGUUGUUUCGUGGGGACGUGCCUGUGCUCAGAAGAACUUUCCUGGAGUGUACACGCGUGUCAGUCAGUAUCUGUAUUGGAUUAAUCGUAACAUUAAGGAUUCCUGUUUAUGUAGCUAAGGAUCACGCAACACUUCGAGUCAGACAUACUUUAUUUUUAAAAUAGCAUAUUCGUAAGACAUCUAAAGGGAUGUGCAUUGUGUUGGACGGAGUUUAUAAAUGUACGCGCAUCCUGGAGUCGAUGAGUGUUUUUUUUUUUGUAAUAUGUUACCAAUAAAAGAAGACAUUCUGACUUGUUUUAGCCUACAAUA